AUGGGUGGGUGGGUGAUGGAUGGGGGUGGGUGGGUGGAUGGGUGGAAUGGAUGGGUGGGUGGGGUGGGGUGGUGUGGGGGUGGGUGUGGGGUGGUGGGGGUGGGGGGGUGGGGUGGGGGGGUGGGGGUGGGGGGUGGGUGGGUGGGGGUGGGGGGUGGGGGGGUGGGGGGUGGGGGGGGUGGGGUGGGUGGUGUUGAGGGGUUGAUGGGUGGAGGGUGGGGUGGAUGUGGAUGGGUGGGUGGGUGGGUGGAUUGUUGGGUGUGGGGGGGUGGAUGGGGGUGUGGGGGGUGGGGGGAUGGUUGGUGGGGGUUGGGUGGGGGGUGGGGUGGGGUGGAUGGAUGGCAUUUGGGAUGGAUGGGUGGGGGGGUGGAUGGAUGGGAUGGGGGGGUGGGUGGUGGUGGAGUGGGUGGAUGGGUGGGUGGGGUGGGUGGGUUGGGGGGUGGAUGGGGGUGGGUGGGUGGUGGGGAUGUUGGUGGGUGGUGGGGGGGUGGGGGGGUGGGUGGGGUGGGUUGGGUGGGGUGGUGGGGAUGUUGGGUGGGGGGUGGGUGGGGGGUGGAUGGGGGGAUGGGGGUGGGCGGGGGGGGGUGGGUGGUGGAUGGAUGGGGGAUGGGUGGGGGGGAUGGGGGUGGUGGGUGGGGGUGGUGGGUGGAUGUGGGUGGGGGGGGGUGGGUGGGGUGGUGGGGUGGAUGUGGGGGGUGGGUGGGGUGGGGGGGUGGGGGGUGGGUGGGGUGGGGGGGUGUGGGGUGGUGGGUGGGGGGGGGGGGUGGGUGGGGGUGGGUGGGGGGGUGGGUGGGGGGGGGGGGGGUGGUGGGUGGGUGGUGGGGGCGAUGGGUGGGGGUGGGUGGGGGGAUGGGGUGGUGGGAUGGGGGUGGGGUGGGUGGGGUGGGGGGUGGGGUGGGGGGGGUGGGGGGGGGGGGGGGAUGGGGGUGGGAUGGGUGGGUGGUGGGUGGUGGGUGGGGGGGUGGGUGGGGGUGGGGGGGGGGGUGGGUGGUAUGGUGGGGGGGGGUGGGUGGGUGGGGGUGGGUGGGGGGGUGUGGGGUGGUGGUGGGUGGGGGGGUGGGUGGCUGGAUGGGGUGGGGGGGGGUGGUGGGUGGGUGGGGGGGAUGGGUGGGGGUGGGCGUGGGGGGGGGGUGGGGGGUGGUGGGGUGGGGGGGGUGGGGGUGGGGGUGGUGGGGGGGGGGGGGGGUGGGUGGGGGGGUGGGGGGGGGGUGGGAUGGGGGGGGGGGUGGGGGUGGGGGUGGGGUUGGGGUGGGGGGGUGGGUGUGGGGUGGGGGUGGGGUGGGGGGGUGGGUGGGUGGUGGGUGGGUGGAUGGGGGGGGGUGGGUGGGGGGGGGGUGGGGGGGGUAUGGUGGGUGGGGGGGGGGUGGUGGGGCCAUAUGGGGGGGUGGUGGAUGGGGUGGGUGGGGUGGGUGGGGGGUGGUGGGGUGGGUGGGGUGGGGGGGUGGGGGGGGUGGGGGGGGGUGGGGUGGGUUGGGGUGGGUGGGGGUGGGAUGGGUGGGGUGUGGGGUGGGUGGGGGUGGGGGGGGAUGGGGGUGGGUGGGGUGGGUGGGGGUGGGUGGGGGGGUGGGGGUGGGUGGGUGGGUUGGAUGUAAUGGGUGGGUGGGGGGGGUGGGGGGUGGGAGGGGGGGGGUGGGUGGGGGGGGUGGGGGGGGGGGGGUGGGGGGUGUGGAUGGGGAUGGGUGGGUGGAUGGGGGGGGAUGGGGGUGGGGGGGGUGGGUGGUGGGGUGGGGGGGGUGGUAUGGGGGGGGGUGGGUGGGUGGGGGGUGGUGGGGGGGGGUGGGUGGGUGGUUUGGUUGGGGGGUGGGGGGGGUGGGUGGGGGGGGGGUGAGGGGGGGGGGUGGGGUGGGGGGGGUGGGGGGGGGUGGUGGGGGGGAAUGGGGGGUGGGUGGGUGGGGGGGGUGGGGGGGUGGGUGGGGUGGGUGGUAG